AUGGCAUCCAAGCCGUUCGAGCCAAACGUGUUUUUAAAAUUGAAGAAGUGUAUCGCGGGGCUACGUAAAAGUAUAGCAUUCCUGAAGGAGUGUUUACAUCUUGGGCUAACUCCUGUUAGUCAUAAAGUGGUGGUAAAUGAAAAAGUGCCAUCGAAAUUGGUGAAGAAACUCGAAAGUGGUUUCAUAAAAGACAGUGUUGAGAAGUUGUAUGCACAACUUAACAUCAAAACGUUGAAGUGCUACGCAUUGCAUUUGAAGCUGGCCAGGGACUACCCGAUCGAGUUCCCUGCGUUUCUGACGAAGGUCAAGGUGGCGGAAAAGUGCGAGGAAAGGCGUAAGGAAAGGGUGCUACGGAAUAAGUUGGAGCUACUGAAGGCAAGGCAGCCGCCACGGAACUACGAGAAACCCAGCGUGGCGGUACUGGAUGAUCGAUCUACUCAACAAAGGUCUAAACUACGCGGUGUCGAGGAAACCAAGGACCAGAUAAUCAUCGAUGUAGAGACGGCUAUUAGGUCCAGUAAGCUGUCCACGGCCCAGAAGGAUUGCGCCAGAGCCGAAGUGGCAGAUGUCUUGAGAAAGGGCAUCAAUGGGAAAUCCAACGUCGAGGAAAUCCAGAUAGCGAAAGAACUUAGGAGAAAGGAGGUGUUCUACGUCAAGGCGGACAAGGGAAAUUCGGUGGUCAUCAUGGACAAAACGGAUUACAACGGAUUGAUGCAGGCCAAAAUCGAUGAAGGACCGUAUCGAGUUCGAAGAGAGGACCCGCUACCGGAGAUGGUUAAGGAGGUGGAAAAAACGCUGAAGGACUGUGGACCGAUCUUAGGGUUUGCGCCGGGCGCCCUGAAAGUGUCUGCCCCAAUCGUCCUUAGAAUCAAAGGCCUACCGAAGAUUCACAAACCAGGGAAUGAGAUGAGGGAGAUAAUUUCGGGAGUGAACGCGCCCACUGAAGAAGUGGCGAAGUGGCUACUGAACGAGUUUAAAAGGAUGCCAAAACCUUUCAAAACGAGAUCGGUGACCAACACCUUAGAGUUCGUGAACAGACUGCAGGCGUCGGGAGGCAUAGAAGAGGACGAGGUCAUGGUUUCCUUUGAUGUUUCAGCUUUGUUCCCAAGUGUUCCCGUUAAAGAAGCUUCUAAUCUGCUAGAAGAUUGGUUGCUUCAACAACACAAUGGGAGCACUUGGAAACUCAAAGUUAGAAACUACAAGAAAUUGGUGGACUUGUGGUAUAAAACUACUUCAGUCCAGUGCAUAGGGCCAUCCGGUAGCCUGAGGAACGAUUUCAGCCCCAAGGUUUUGAUUCUACAGGGUGUGCCCUAG